AUGACGAAAUUUAAAUCCCCAUUCAUCAAACAAACUUCAUUUGAUGUGGAAUAUGCUCCUGCCCAUAUCACUAAAUGGAAAUCAGAAAGAACAGGAUUACAAAUCACGUAUAUUGAUCAACCUUCCCCAAUAGUCAAUGGGUAUUUUGCUGUUGCUACAGAAAUUGAGAAUAAUUCUGGUUCUCCUCAUACUUUGGAACAUUUGGUAUUCAUGGGAUCUCAGAAAUACCCAUAUAAAGGUUUGUUAGAUAAUUUAGGUAACAGAUUAUACUCAUCAACUAAUGCAUGGACAGCAGUGGAUCAAACUGUAUAUACAUUAACAACUGCAGGUUGGGAAGGAUUUAAAACUUUAUUACCAAUAUAUCUUGAUCAUUUAUUGAAUCCUACUUUAAAAGAUGAAGCAUGCUUAACAGAAGUGUAUCAUAUCGAUGGGAAAGGUGAAGAAAAAGGUGUUGUUUUCAGUGAAAUGCAAGGUAUUGAAAGUCAAUCAUGGUUUAUGGUUUUUCAAAAAAUGCAAGAAACUUUAUAUGCUUCAAAAUCAGGAUAUUCUUCAGAAACUGGAGGUUUAAUGUCGGAAUUACGUCAUUUAACAAAUGAACAAAUUAAAGAAUUUCACAAGAAAAUGUAUAGACCUGAUAACUUGUGUGUUAUAAUUACUGGAUCAAUAGAUCAAGAUGAAUUACUUGGAAUAAUGACUGAAUUUGAUAAUGAAUUACCAGAAUUACCAGCUACACCAAACAAAAGACCAUUUGUUGAUUCUAAACAUGAUGAACCUUUAAAAGAAGUCGUUGUUAAAGAAGUGGAGUUUCCUGAACAAGAUGAAUCUAUGGGUGAAUUGUUAAUUUCAUGGAUUGGUCCUGAUGGAAGUGAUACAUUGGUAAAUGUUGCUCUUGACAUGGUGGGUUCUUAUUUCACCGAUAGUCCAAUAUCUGUUUUUAACAGAAAUUUCGUUGAAGUUGAAGAUCCAUUAGCUACUGAUGUGGAUUAUACUACUGAUGAUUACUAUAGAACCGCUAUUAAUUUCAAUUUCAAUGGUGUUCCAACAGAAAAGUUAUCUGAAUUGGAUACUGAAAUUAAAAAAGUCAUCAAAGAACAAUCUGACCCAAAGAAUAUCGAUUUGGACUAUAUGAAACAAGUUGUUAAUCAUCAAAAGUUAAAAUUUGUUGCUAGUACUGAAAAAUCCCCAUCUAGUUUCUCAAAUAUUGCUACUUUAGAAUUUAUCUAUGGGAAACCUGACGGAUCAGAAUUAGAAAAAUGGUCAAAAGAUUUAAGUGAAUUUGAAACCUUGUUAAGUUGGACAGCUGAAGAUUGGAGUGGAAUAAUUGAUAAAUACUUGGUGCAAAAUAAAUCUGCAACUAUUCUUGGUAAACCAUCUGCUAAAUUGAAUGAAUUGAUGCAAGAACAAAACAAAAAAAUCCACGAAGAUAUUAAAGCCAAAUAUGGAGAAGAUGGGUUGAAGAAAUUGCAAUUAAAAUUAGAUGAAGCACAAGAAAAGAAUGAUGCUCCUAUUCCAGAAGAAUUGUUAACAAAAUUUCCUAAACCAGAUCCAUCAAAAAUUGCAUUUAUUCCUACUAGAUCGUAUAAAGCUGGAUACACUCAAGGAAUUGUCGAUAUGACAACAAAUAAUUAUAUUACAGAUGAUAAUCUUAGCAAAUUGUUGCAAAAUGAUACCCCAAAGGACUUCCCAUUGUUUAUGCAUUUGGAAGAUUUCAAAUCACAAUUUGCUACUAUUGAAUUAGUGAUGUCGUCUACUAGAUUAGACCAUGAACUUUUAAGUUAUAUGUCUAUUAUUGAAGAGAUUUUCUCAAUGUCAAUUGAUAAACCUGAUGGAUUCAUUUCAUACGAGCAAGUUAUUGCUGAUAUUGAUCGUGAUUUAAUCGAACAUAGUUUAGAUAAUGGUUUUGAUAAUCAAUUUUUGGAAUUGAUCAGUAUUAAAGUUAAAUUUGAAACAAAGAAUUAUUCCAAAGCAAUUGAUUGGUUGUAUAAUAUUACCAGAUAUGUCAAAUUUGAAAAAAAGAGAAUUUUGACCAUUGUUAACAAGAUCAUAAAUUCAUUACCAGACAAGAAAAGAAAUGGAGAAUUGAUGAUGUAUUCUUCACAAUAUCGUCACUUGUUUAAUAAAGCUUCAUUGAGAAAAGCACAAGAUUCUGUUUACACUGAGACAUUUUAUCAAGAUGUAUUGGCAAAGAUCAACGAUGGAAAGUUUGCUGAAAUUGAAGAUGAUUUAAAUACUAUCAAAAAACAAUUAUUCAGUUUAGAUAACAUGAAGAUUAUUAUACUGGGUGGUGUAUCAAAUUUGAAAAAUCCAAUUAGUAGUUGGUCUAAAUUUGUUGAUAAUCCACCUAAAGAAAUGGAUUUGGUUCCAUGUAAAGAUUUACCAAGAUCAUAUGAAUUUAGAUCACAAUUGGGAGAAACUUGUUGUGGAGAAGCAUUUUUAGUUAAUAUUCCAGCUGCUGAAUCAACACAUUUAACUUCAUUAACAACCAUUCCUACAGAUUAUUUAGAUGACGAUAUUUUCCGAAUUGCUUUAGCUUCUGAAUUUUUAACUGCUGUUGAAGGUCCAUUUUGGAGAGGAAUUAGAGGUAAUGGAUUAGCAUAUGGUUGUCAUAUAAGAAGAAAUGUUGAAACUGGAUAUUUAAGUUUUAAUAUUUAUCGUGGUUCAGAUUCAGCACAAGCAUGGAUGAAAGCUAAAGAAAUUGUUACUCAAUAUGCUACUGAAGAAUUAAUUAUUGAUGAUGUUAGUAUUGAAAAUUCAAUUGCAACUAUUGUUAAUGAAUUAGCUAAUAGUCAAGAUAAUACUUAUGAUGCAGCAAGUUUUAAAAUUAGUGAUAAUGUUUUUAAACGUAGAGGUCCAAAAUAUCAAGAAUAUUUCCUUAAUAAAUUACAAUCAUUUACAAGUGAAGAUAUUGUUUAUGCUUUAAAGAAAUAUUUUAUUAAAUUGUUUGAUUCAAAUAAAUCAGUAAUCUUUACUAGUGUUCCACCUGCAAAAUUAGAAGAUUUAGGUACAUUUUUCAACAAACAAGGAUAUAACAUUAAUAUUGAGGAUAUCGGAUCUGAAGAUUGUUCAGAUGAAGAAUACAGUGGAUCUGAAGAAGAAGAGGAUGAGGAGGAAGAAGAUUAG